UGAAAAGUUUUAUACAUUGCCGUCUGCGAAAGGCUCUGCAAAAAGUGUUCAUUUCAUCCGAAACAAUGUCAAAAUAGUAAUUAAAAUAACUAAGUGUAAUUUAUAUUUUCUGCUUUGGUGUAAAAUAUGUCGAGAAUCGCAAUCAAAACAGAGAAGCUGGAUGAAGAGCAGGAGGAGAUUGGCAUUGAAAGUAGAGCCGCAGAGGAGGGUGGUGUUAGUAGUCAGGAACAUGAAAAAGGUACAUCGGCAGUGGCAGGUAAACAGCACCAUGAAGUGGGACGAAGUGCGAUGCGCCAGCUACAACAAAAUCAACUGCAACCUACUGCUCUGCUAAAAAGUGCUAGUGGCGUUGGUGGGGGAAUUGACAGCAGCUGCGGUCUAGUGAACUCCAGCCAUGAGAUCAAUAGCACUAAAAAACCUACCUUACCGAAGUCACGUUGCGGGGAAGUCUUUGUAUCCAAUAAUGCACGUCAGUGGACAUUUAUUUGCACCUAUUGCAACAAAAGCACACGUGACAUCGGCGAAUUUAUUUGCCACAUUAAAAUAAAACAUUUGGGUGGAUUUACUGACGAAGGUGAUGAAACGGACGAUGGCGAAUACGAGACCAAUCAACAAGCAAAUUUCUAUGAACAAGAUCAAGAUUAUUUGGAUUGCGGCAACUAUCUGGACGUAAAUGUGCACACAGAGUCUGAGGACUAUAGUUUAAAUGGGCAGGAUAAUUCAACAACAUACCGCCAUACAAGCAGUCAUAAUGCACUACACCGACAACCGGUGUCUGCUGCAGUUUCAAAGCAAGGAGAUGUUAAAAGACAAGUUGAUUUUAAUAAAAAGAGGAAAAAUAAUAGUGUUGAUGAUGACACGCUGGAAGACGAGAAAGAACAUGCUUCAGGUGCCGUUAAAGAGUCGGCAGCACAGUGGCGUGCCGAUCCAGCAAAUUUCCAAUCUUAUGCAAAUAAGUACACACCAAUAUCCUCCACACCAAAUGUAAAAAUGAAAACUAACGCAACCUCAAAUGGUAAUACUGCUUUCGAUGCUGCCGAUUAUGCUCCGGUUAAGGACGAUUUUGAUACAACCGGCGCUUAUGAAAACGACGAAGAAGAAGAUUUCGAUAAUCAAUUAUUUAUUGCUCCCACUGACUCUUUGGAUGCUAGCAUACUGGGUGGGGCAGCUGAUGGUAGUGGCGGUGAAAUGAAGACGAAACGGCGUCAAAUACGUGGCACUGCAUACUGUGCAUUGUGCAACAAAACCUUCCAAUACUACUCGCUAUACCGCAAUCAUAUGAUUAAACAUUCGAAUGAGACCCCAUUUAAAUGUCCCAUUUGCAAAAAAGGAUUCAAAUCAAAACAGGCCAUACGCUAUCAUAUGAAUACACAUCAGAAAGAGAAACAGUUCAAAUGUUCCAUCUGUAGUGCAUCAUAUGGCACAGAAAACCAUUUCAUCUCCCAUAUUAUGACUCACGAAAGUGCAACCGCAUUUCCAUGUAUGGUUUGUGGUCAAGUGCUGAGCAGUAGUAAGGAGCGAGAUAUUCAUAUGGCUAACCAUAAAGAGGAGCGACCAUUUCGCUGUGACUAUUGUAAUAAACUCUUCCGUUUGAGACAUCAUUUAUCGAACCAUCUGAAGAUGCAUCGUAAAUACCGUUGUGAUUACUGCAAAGAGAUAUUCACUAGUGCUAUCUACUUGCGUAAACCUUACGCUUGUCCUGGAUGCGAAAAUUCGCCCGACGCUCAACAAGAUGCGGCGAAUGCUGCAAACUCCAAGGUAGGACGGGUUAGCGGUAACAAUAGCAUCAACCCGUUGGAGAUUUUUGAAACAGUUAUACCUGGACAACAACAAAGUGAUGACUAUGCACAGAUGGUAACAGAUUCGGAGGGCGAUGGCGAAGGCGAUGAAGAUGUUGAUGAAGACGAAGAUGAAGCCGAUGAUGAUGAUAAUGGUAAUGAACCUCAAGGUACACAAAUGGAUGAAGAUGGUGAUGAAAAUGAAGACAUUUCAAGACGAGAAGAUGAGCAGGAAGAAGAUGAUGAUGACGAAGAGGAGUAUGAGGAAGGGGAAGAACCAAGUAACCACGGCGUCGGCAGUAGUGGACAAGCGAUUGGCGCAUAUGGUGGCAGCAUAAAGCGGUAUGUGUGCAAAUAUUGUUCGCGUAGCUAUUCUCACCCAAGCGGUUUGAACUAUCAUAUACGGCAUAAGCAUUGCUAGUAAGAGAUAUGGAAGCGCAAAAGUGGAAUAUGAAUAGGAGAUAAUGAAUGAAUAGAGAAGGCAGAUAAAUAUAAGAAAAGAGGGUUUUUUCUAUAUAUAUGCACUGACAAAAAAAUAUUUAGUUUAAAAAAACAAGAGAAAAACGCAAAAGCGCUUUAAAAAAUUCAUAGUAUUUCUAAGAGAUUUAUUACGUUUAAGCAUAAAUAUAUUAUCCUAAUUUUUCUACCAUUGUCAGGUGACCCGAGACUAAAUAUGCUGGUACAAAUAUUACGAAUUACAGUCUUUCCUAACAACAUCUAGUCUAAUCUUAACCAUUGUGUUGUGUCUACAUACAUCUGUAGGUACUUUGUAUUAUCCUUCGCACGAUACCUCUAAGCUGCCCAUUUUUGUGAUUAUGUUAGCAGCAAUUGGAAACAUGUCUAGGAUGCUUUUGUGUGCGUGUGAUUUCGACAAACCGAUUGGUUAUUUAGGAUAGCCAUUUUUCAAAGGCAUCUCGGCAGCAAUCUAUUGUACUUCGAUCUACAUAUAUUAUUGUCGUUGUUGUUGUUAUUACUGUUGUAACAGCACAAAAUAUUUUCCAGGCUCGUGCAUAUGUAUAUUUUAUAUAAUGCUGUAUUUUGUAAGAGUGGGUUGUCAUUCACAACUUUUGUUCUUUUCGAUUACGGCAACAACGACAUUAAACCUGUCUGUAGUGCAAACGAUAGUUCGAUCUAUAACCGACUGUGGUAAUCAUUCGCUAUAUAUUCACACACUAUUCCGACUGCAUGUAUAAGUAUACCACUUAACUAAAAAAUACUCAAAUAUCAUAAAUUUUCCGUACAACGUACGCAAAUUUGCGUGCAACGUAUGUGUGAAGAAAGCUGCUUCUUUCAAUUUUCCUUGCAUUCAAUAGUACUCAUAAUUUAUUUAUUUUUUUCUUGCAAGAAUUUUCACACACACGUGCACAUUAUAUUUCCAUUGUUUUAGUUAUAACAAACAGUAUUCUUCCACAUAAGCCAUCACAUCCAUUUCGAUAGCAUAGAAUUGUUACAGAACUGAUGAAUGCUAAAAUUUUAACAAACAUAUUUAAAUACUUAUGUACGUACAUUUAUUCAUAUGCAUAUUACCAUAUACAUACAAACAUAAAUAAUGUACCGAAAAGCCUUGAAAAGGCCUUAGAGUUAUAUACACAUUCAUAAUGAAGCUACCCAGAUUAUUAUUGAAGAUUUUAGGGAACAAAUUGCUAAAAAUCAGUGACUGCCCAAAAGCUACCGUAAAAUUCUUUCAAAAAUCAAAAAAAUUAUGUAUAGAUUUCAAAUGCUACUUGAAAUUUCGCAUAAAAAUACUACAUUUGUUCGUAAGUGCUUUAGGGUUUAACUUUUUUUUUGAGUACAUCAAUUAAGUGCAGCUUUGAAAUUACUUGAAACAUAAUUUAUUGUAAGAUUAUAGUGAAAUUAAGCGAAAUACAAACGUAACCAUCAACUAUUUUUUAUUAUGAGUUAGAUUUUAAAUUUCAUAUACUACUUAAAAUAACAAAAAUAAUACAAGGGCGAAAUUUGUUUAAGGUUACUUACACCAAAGUUAAGCAAAAAUUGGGAAACAUUAAAAAUUUCCUAACAAAAGACAAAAGUAGAAAUGAAGAAGAAAACAAUUUUAAGAAAUUCAAAUGUUAAAUACAUUUUUGUAUUAGCCUUGUGCAAGAGUUUUUCAUAAUUGCAAGCUUAUCAAAUUAUUAGCCACAUUCAUUAAAUGCUGAAUUUGAAUUUGCGUCAUAAUAGUAAAUGUAUGUACAUACAAAAAUUUAAUUCUAAGAAAAAUAUACAUUAAACAUUGAUAGUAAUUGCUGUCGUUUGAUAUAUUUUUGUCUCAGUUAGAAUAGUCAUAGCAUUUAUCACUUAAAUAUUUUAUUAAUAACCAUUACGUCACUGAUCAACUAAACACCAAUCGAGAGAGAGAGAGAGAGAGAGAGCAUUGAAACAACUUUAAGCAUUCUGCAAAAUCAUGUUAAUAAUAUAACGUAACAAUUCGACAAAAUGUAAUAAAAAUUUAUAAAAUAUAGUACUAAAUUGAUAUUGAAAUAACUUCUAGGAAUGAUAAAAAUGAGAUUUAUUAAAAGCUCAUAGGUACAAUAGAAUAUAAAUAACUUAUAUAAUAUAACCGUAUUUUAAUAUGAAAAAAUUCGCCGAAGCGAAUUCAAUCUGUAAAUACUGCU